GCUGAAUAACCCGUUCUUGCCUCAGACAAACAGGCUGCAGCCAAAGAUAUCCCCAUCUGCAGUAUCAGGCCCCACACAUCUCUUUAGGCUUGCUGGCAAGUGUUUCAGUUUUGUGGAAUCCACGUACAAGUAUGAGUUUUGUCCUUUCCAUAAUGUCACUCAGCAUGAGCAGACUUUUCGAUGGAAUGCCUAUAGUGGGAUUUUAGGCAUCUGGCAUGAAUGGGAAAUUGACAACAACACAUUUGUUGGGAUGUGGAUGAGGGAAGGAGACUCGUGUGAAACUAAGAGCAGACAAACAAAGGUUCAUCUUGUUUGUGGAAAGAGCAAUAAAUUGGCUUAUGUGUCUGAGCCAAGUACUUGUGUUUACUCUCUGACAUUUGAGACUCCUCUCGUGUGCCAUCCUCACUCUCUUUUAGUUUAUCCGACUCUGACUGAAGCACUACAAAGGAAGUGGGAUGAAGCAGAGCAGCUUCUGUAUGAUGAACUAAUAACUGACCGGGGAUACAAAAAACUACUGAAAGAGAUUUUUGAGGAAGCAGGGCUUCUAAAACCAACAGAAGAAAAGGAAGUUGAGAAACAGAAUAAGAAAAUAAGUCUGGAAUUUGAAACAGUGGAGAAGUGCAGUAAGGAAUACAAGCAACUUUCUAAAGAAAUAAAAGAGCUUAAAGAUUUGUUAAGUCAGCAUGGUAUUGCAUACAAAGGAAAUUCUGCUGAAAAUACCAGUGUUGAACAUGUAAGUCACAAACUGGCAACUGCAGUGACAGCUGUUCUUAAUGAGUUAAAGGAUGAUGAGCACCUGCAUGGCGAUACAGGAGUCUGGAAUGACACUGCAUGAAGAAAUGGGUGGUAAAUGGCAAGUUUAUACGGAAUGUCAAGCAUAUUGAACAUGUAU